AUGUUUUUUAGUGGGAAAAGGAAUUGUGAAUUGCCUCCAGUUCCAGUUGGAGCCACACAUGUUCUCAAUGCGAUUGCAAAUAGACAAGCCGACGUUCUAGAUGGAGUACGUCCAUAUUCCUUCUGUGAACCCUCUGAAUCUGACCCUCUAUAUGCUAGUGUUGGUGUUCCCGGUGCAUUUGUAUCACCCCAAAAUCGUCCUGAAGCCUCAACAUCCACGGCUGUGGCUGUAGCAGCUAAUUCAAUCGUUCCUCCUCCGGCGAAAAGGUUAAAUUUCUGGAGCGCUGUUGAUAGCGAGGGUUCCGGUGGGUCCAUGGCCCUCCCAUAUUACUCAACGAUCCAUCAUGAUCCUAAUCGAGCAAGCCCUGUUUAUCAAGAAGCUCCGACUAUUUCAAAUGGCCAAUUCCCCGCGGUUUAUGCACAGGUUAAAACAUCGCCUACCUCAAAAUCUGUUCGUCUACGAUCGAAUGGUGACUGCUCAUCUUAUUGUAACCAUCGUAAUGGAGCAGAGCUUGGUGGUUAUCGACGAGCAGUUAAAAGUCAGGGAACAUCUGACAUUGCUACUGGUCCACCUGUUCCCUCAAGGGCCUAUCGUCUUUCUGAGGUUGAACAACUUCUAAACAAUGGUCAACCCUUGACCUCUAUUCAGAAUUCUUGCGCUUCAAGCCGUAUUCAAGGCAACCAACAAAACUCCAGACGACCGCGAAGUGAAGCUAGUUUCAGUGGUUUAAACCUCCUUGAAAUGUUGCAAUCUGGGUUGAGGCGACGCCAAAAUAAUAGCCAAAAUCAACUUUCCAAUAGAGUAUCAACGAACCGGGACUCCAACCCCGAACCUCCUGCUACCGUUAAUAUGGAACCACCGAUCGCGCCUCGAGUUAGUGGUGAUUAUAGUAGCAGUACCUACGGGAGUGCUAAGAGUGGACACUAUCGAAAUAUCACAGUUCGGGAGUCAAUUGCCAGUCUCCGUGCUCGCAAUGCUCUGCCAACUUUUCUUUCGGAAAAUCGGCAACCGCUGGAAGUGCCUUCAGAAACCGACUACGAGGGUGUUUACUGGUACCCGGACGAAAAUGGCGCCGAAGUAGCAAAUGAGAGGGCAUCGCGAUCGUCGUUUGGAUCCCAAGUUGUUGUUGAACCUGUGACAGAUCUAGGCAGUGACGCUUAUGUCGAAAUUCCAGGCAUGAGAGACGAUAUCUAUACUGAACCCACAGACAAUUCUCAUGAACCUACUCCACCCCCGCCUAGCGUACAAAAUCGGAAUGUUUCUCGUAUUCUUCUCGAGAUGCAAGACUUCCGUUACGUCGAUAGUGAAACGGAUCUCUCAAGCUCAGUCACACCCCCUGACAUAGGAGAAGAGGGUGAUACUAAGGAGACAACACCGCCUAGUAUAAAUGGAAGAACUGCUUUAGUAAAUAUGCCCUCAACCUCUACUACUAAUCCUCUUAGGUUGCGAAAACCAGAUUUACCCGCAAGGUCGAAAGCUAGAAAGAGUCAGAAUAUGACGCCCUUGAUGGAACGCUCCAUGGAAAUGGAGUCCUCACGAUCUCCCCCACGAUCUCCAUGCACCAACCAAUCAAACCAGCGCCCACAAUCCAGACCCCUACCUGAAGUCAUGCCCUCAUAUUUGAUUAUCGUUCACUUCUUCUGGCGAACCGACCUCAUCGGGCGUAAAAUGAGGGUUCAUUGUGUUUUUAUUACGAUAUUUCUCCUAACUUUUAUUAAUCACUUCCUUGCAAGAGCUCAAGAUGAAUUAUUAGAAUUCAUCCCAGUUGAAGGCGCAAAUACAGAAGAAAACAUUUACCUCACGGACAGUUUUCCAGAGGUGUUAAUAGAUGCCACAUCCAAAAUCACUCGCAGUAUCUAUUUUCUCGGUUCGACUAAUCUUGUUACCCACGUUGUUCAAUUUUCUUGUCAAGUAGCCACUCGAUCGAAGGCUCUCACUGAUGUUAAACUUUGUUGUGGUGGGGGUGGAAGUAGUGUAGCUUGUCAUCGAUUGUCAUCUCAGCCUAUUGCUGGCAAAAUUUCCUGCAAAAUGAUGCAAUUCGAUUAUGCUUUUGAUAAAUAUAAGGGUGCAAAUUUCUCCCUUGGUUUUUCGCCAAUUCGAGAACAUUUGGUUCCUUAUAACGAAAAAAUUUAUUGCGAAGUCGAGGAUGCUGAAGCGACAAUCCAGUCAAAUAUUGUUGAGUUACGUGAUGCUAUUUUCUAUAAAACACAGCUCAAUGUAACCUCUUCAAAUGAGGUUUUAAAGGAAUACCAGCCUGAAAUUUCACCUCAAGACUUUCCCCUCAAGUUUUCCUGCGGAAACUAUGCAGAGAAAAUUCGUAAUUGGCCCUCUUGGAUGGCUGCAGUUUGGCAGCAGUAUCUCUCCCCCUUUGAGUGGUCCUCCUGUCAAGUUAGUCCCGUUGGUAUCACAGCGGCAGGUUGUGCUGGAUCUAAAAAAUCCCUCGGUGUAGGUGGAAGUGUAACAACUAUGGAUGGUACUCUUUUUCUCCUUUCUGAUACCGUUCUUGCUAAAAAUCCAAAUUCCGCUUUCAUCUGUCUAGUUCGUGGUUCCACAGCUUCUCCGAUUAGAGCUUACGGAAGCGAAGUUCAAAAAUACCAUAAUCCGUUGAUUGAAAAAGGCUUUACCCUAAACCCGAAUUCUGAACCUAGUCAAGUGCAAGGUUUCAUUAAUCUAUCACCACUUGAAACGAGUUAUCAAUUCACAGAUGGAACUGUCCUGUCUAAUUUCGAACUUCUUGCUUUCUAUCGGGUGCCAGAAUCAGCAAAAUCCAACUUUAAGUAUGGCUGGUAUAAAGAUGGUAAGAAGUUGACAGAUCCAGGAGCAGCCCCCAAUUCUUUUAGACUUCCAAAUAAAGUGGAACGCAGUUUCAGUGGGAUCUAUGAGCUCUUGAUAAUGGAAGGAGGAUCUUUGCGACUAAAAUUCAUUUUUACUGUGUCUGUGGUGGGAGCACCGACUUUUAAGGAUGUGGAUUGUGUUGAAGAUCUAUUUUAUGCUCUCGAGGGUUCAUCGAAGAUGUACACGUGUGACUUGAAUGCUGGAGAGAGUGAAGAGGUCUUCUUCAAAGUUGGAAUAAAUGGCUUUGAGGCCGACAGCAGUGAGGCUCUUAAGAAAAUUCUUGCAUCAUCCUUGCAGAUACAGAAUCAACCAAUUGAGAAGUUGGAUAUUGAUUUUCGGAGACAUGAUAAAUGGGAUUCCAAAGGAAUUACUGUGGAAGUCAAGAACCUCGCAGUUGGACAGAACUUCAGACUAUCCAUUAAAGCCAUCAAUGCCUAUGGACAAUCGCUUGUAACCGGGACGCUUCGUGUUGUUCCUAAGCCCGCAUUACAAAUUGCUCCAUCUCGGCUCUCCUGUGCCACCGACUGCAAUGAAGAUCCUUUCGACCUGCAAUGCAUUCCCGCUUCAUCAAUAGCCAAGGGUUGGAACGGUCUUGGUGUCAUUUCCCAACAGGGUUGGGUUCUAGCUCGAACCUUCACCAUGGAAAUGGUUAUGGAGGAUCCAGAUUUAGCCCAAUUCUUUGCAUACAAUUCCACCACCCCUUACUUCCUCAAAGUCUCGCCUUACAUUCCCGUUGCUGAUCUUGUGAAAGUAUCCGAUUUGCCCACCACAGCUUCAACCACCCAAGCUUCAACUUCAUCCGCUGGAACUACGAAUCUCUACACCGCCACUUCGCCCCCUAAAGUGAAUCUUCAAGAAGUGCUCUCAACUCGGCUCUCUCGUCAGGUCGACUCUCUUCAACUAGAAUGUCGAUUCCAGCUCUUUGUCAAUAAUUCACGAGCUAAAUUUGUCCCCUAUUCCAUGGAAUCGGUUAUAGGUGGUUUAAGCAGACAAAGGCGAGAGGUUAUACUCGAUGAGCAGAAGAAGAUCUAUGACUCUUACAAUGAGGAGGACAAAACGCUCAAAGAUACAUUGACGGCUUCUAGAACUUUCUCUGAUGUUUCCAAACCUGCCACCGCAAACUUUGCCUGGGUUGCAGCAGUUGUGAUUGCGAUAGUAUUCAUCCUGAUUGUGAUUAUUGUUGGUGUUUGGUUGUGCACAAGAAAUAGGGGAGAGACGUACAAGCUAUCCAAAAAGGAGUACAAACUUGGAAAUGACCCGAUUCGUGAACUCAAGGAGAAAGAAACUUUCCAAACUUAUGAAAGGCCGUGA